CGCAAGGUCUCCUUCAGAGAGUUGAAAACGAGGGGAAAAUGUCGGGAAGAGUUUCCAAGGAGAUAGAGGUUAAGGUACCAGCAAACGAAGCAUGGAAGGUCUACGGCAGCCUCCAACUGGCCAAGAUCGUGGGCGAAGGGCUGCCCAAUUUCUUCAGCAAAGUCGAGGUCGUAGAAGGCGAUGGCUCUGCCGGAACCAUUCUCCACGUCUCUCUCCCUCCAGAUGAAAUUGAAAACAGGGACAGGGACGGCGGGGCUGCCAUGGUACAAGGAGAAGUACACGGUGGUGGAUGACGAGAGACGAGUGAAGGAUGCGGAGGUGCUGGAGGGUGGGCUUAUGGAUUUGGGAUUUACACUUUACAGGUACCGAAUGGAGGUGAUAGAGAAGGAGGGGAAGAAGGGGGAGUGCAUCGUGAGAGGCAGCGUCGAGUAUGAGUUGAACGAGGAUGCUGCUGCCAAUGCUGCGUUGGUUUCCAUUGAGCCCCUCCUUGCUGUCAUGCAGAUUGCUGCAGAUUACUUGACUCAGAACUACAACACCAACCCAUGCAGAUCCAUCUCCUGAUUCCUUCCCUGUUAUCAAUUUCAUCUCAUUUAAUUUGGAAUUACUUAUGUUAUUGGGAAGUUCAUGUGAUGUAUUUGAAUUUGAUCAUUAGACUUCAACAAUAUAAUAGUAGGGGAAGUGACACUUU